AUGGCUACUAAUGCUCCUCACCCCCCAAUGGCUCUCUACAUCCACGGUAUCACCAUCGAUUUCAGCAAGUCGAAAACGAACAUAGCAUCUGCUGAAGUACGGAUUGGCGAAUCAUAUUCGCCAAUUGAACACAGAGCAGCAAAGAGUUUGCGACACGCGUAUUCUCCACCCAUUGUGCUUUCUCGCGGAUAUUCGUUUGCCUUGCGUAUGCAUUACAAGAAACAUUUCAGAACCAAGCACGAAGACAUUGCCUUCGACCCAGAUGACAUGUUCCGUGCGUACAAUCCAAGUCAACGAGAAUACAGCAAGGUUUAUAACAACAUCACGAUCGUUGUCAAACUUUCCAGUGAUGCAACAACCGAAGCUGAGCAGUCUGGCUCCCCCGAUCAAAGCCUUCCGUCUACUACUUUGGAAAUGUUUACGCGCUGUCCUCGGUUCCGAAUCCUAGUGAUAGGAAAGUCUGGCGUCGGCAAGUCGUCUCUGAUCAGCCAGGCAUUUGGAGUAGAAAAAAAGAUCAUUGCAGACGAUGAGCCAGGCGAGGCCAACAUCGACAAGGAACUCAUCUCAACUCGGAACGAAAGGUUUGUUCUUCACGAUAGCAAAGGUUUUGAAGCAGGGGACGAAGGCAAUUUCAAAAUUGCCCGAGAUUUCAUUGUCCAUCGGAGGACGAUGUCUCCGGAACAUCAGUUGCAUGCCGUUUGGCUUUGCUUUGAGAUACCUCGUGCAGGCGGACGUUUUCUAGAGACGGGAACUGAGGAUUUCCUGAAAUCGAAAAGUAGUGGAGAGUUAGGAAACGUUCCCGUUAUCAUCGUGCUUACCAAAUACGAUCUGCUCGUCGAUCGCAUAGAGCGAACUCUAGGUAGAAGCCUUUUGAGCGACAAAGACCGCAAGGAAUUUGUUAAGACGAAAGCAGAAGCCGAGCUGCAGGAUACCUGCAUAGGACCUCUAGAGCGAUUUGCAGGGCCUGAUAUUCCCCACGCUAUGAUCUCUACCGAAGAAGACUAUGAAGAGACGCUCGCCCACCUGAUCCAAAUAACUGAACAGUGUGUCGGUCAGCACUCUGCGUCGGAGGCCUCAGCGACAGCCUCCGUCGCUCAGCACUCCGCGUCUGAGGCCGCAGUGAUGAGCUCUAUCGCUCAGCGAGUGGAUCCUGGACUCAAAAUAAAGGCAUCAAUCGAAGUUGGCAAGAAAAAAUACUGGAAAGCGCUCAAGUCAUGCCCAACGUUCAAGAAGCGCAGGAUGUGGGAAUGUCUACAUGUGCUUCAUACUGACAUCGUCAAUGUGUGGAACUUCCAUGACCCUUAUCAUCACUUGGACAGUCAAGACUUCAGGGAUAUGAUGCUCAAGAUAGUCGAUAAGAUGGAAGUUGGACCGACAGGUUAUUCCACCAACAUCAAGACUCCAAUAUCCAUGGUGAGCGCUAUAUCUGUGGUGGCCGCUAUUGCGGGCAUCGUGUCCGCCCUGGCGGGACCUGCGGCUCCCAUCGUAGUACCGAUAGCAGUAGGUGCCGUACUCGCCACAUGGGUUUAUGAAAUAUACCAAAUAUCCCACCCGGUGCUUCGGCGCUUCAUGGCCUACAUCAUUCACCUUACGCUUGUGUUGCAGACACUUUUUAUCGUGUCAGAAGGCCAGGAACUCACUCGUAGAGCCAUCAAGCUCGCGGUUACUUCCUACCUCGCCUCCCCAACGAGCAAAGAAGUUCCUGCUUGGAUUCAAGAUUAUGAUGAGCAAUUGAACAUCCUGGAACGUGCGGAUUGUGAAAUCUUGGAUAAGAUCAUUGAUGUGAUGCAAAGGUACAAGAUCGAUGCGGCACAAAUAUCUAAACUUCGGGCAGAUGUUCCUCCUGUGGAUUUGUCGUCGGACGAACCAUGGUAA